AACAGACAUACCAGUGGGAAACAUAUCUGGCCACAUCUCGAGUCGAUAUCCAGUGCAUUGAGACAGAAUGCUUGCCCUUCGACUUGCCGUGUUCGCCAUCCUCUUCUGUGGGACCUGUGGUUUCUCCAGGUUCUUAUUUUACCUGCUUAACGACUGCAACCCUCCUGAGGAGCUGGUGGGGAAAUUCUGUGCUGCUGUGCUAGACAACGACGACAACGGUGACGGCAGAGUGGACGGGAGUGACAUCGGCAAAGAUGUCCUGAAUUACAAUUACGACGGUGACCUUUGUCUCAUGGAAGAAUGGGAGGUCGUGAAUAGGUGGACGUGUCGGUACGGCUUCUCCGAAGAGUAUGGCAGAUACAUGUACGGGACCUUUGACGUCAACCAAGAUGGCCGUGCAACUCCAGACGACUUCGUUACAUUCAAUUUUACCAAUGCCGACUUCUUAAUGGCGCAAUACAGUCGUUUCAAGAACGCCUACUGCGGUGACCCUAAGAACAGGGAGAGCCCCCCUUGACAUGUUCCAGUGUGACGAGGUCGACAAACUGAUGCCAGCGGACAUCAAGUGUACAUAAGAAGAAUCUUCAUUCACCUGUAAUGCAGUAACGGCAAUAAAACUGUUGGUAAUUGCAA